AUGUCUCUUGUCCGACCUAUUCAUCCACACGAGUCUGUUUGGUUAUCCGGCUUCACUCCGCUGGACAAAUUGAGUCCUGACUUAAGCCCUUGCAGUGGUCCGACGCCGUUCGAACGUCUUCCAUGUGCGAAAUCAGGGGCCUCAUCUACUUGCCACUCAGAUGAUUCCGGUAUUGAUGGCACCGUGAAUGUGGGGUCGCAGUCCCCAUUGCCUGAAGAUACGGAUGAUUCAGAAGAUAGUAAUUCCUUGGACGGGUAUCAUGAAAGCACCCUGAACCGACAUGACCAACAGAGCGGUCGUGGCAUAUUCAGACCCUUGAGUGCCUGUCUCUACCAUGACCUGCCGCAGGGUGUACGCAAUAUUGCUGAAACCGCCCAGUUGUCACCUUCCGGAUCAUGGUGUACAGCCGCAUCACGUGACUUGAACUAUCAUCCGUGUGAUUUAACCACUGGAAAGAAACCGGAUGACAAUCGUUUUCAAAUACUCUCCUACGAUCAACUAUUACGGCUGAAUGAAAUCCUCAUCCGGCGCUUGCCAAUUCACAGCCGUCAUUCCGGUUUCCCGGUGAUCUGGGUUCGGCUCAGUGAUUUGUUUGAGGCGGUGCGACAAAACUUGCAACAGUGCGCAGUGCCAUUUCGCGAUAUGCGCUUGAAUGGAGGUGCCGCAUCCUAUGUAAUUGGUAAGUCUGACAGUAACCAUCUUGAAGCACCAUGUAUGUGUACAAAAUUUAAGAUCGGGCUAGGAAGUUAUUUUAAUUCGCCAGAUAAUUUCCACUAG